AUGGCAUCAGCUACUAGUGAUGGUCAGCCGUUCAUCUACCAGACCCAGCUGCCUGAAUCACAAUCACAAGCACAGUCCAACUUUGCAGACUGCGCCCACAGGACAGAAAAAACCACUAAUACCAAGCGUAUCAUUGUCUGCUGUGACGGAACAUGGAACAACUCUAACAAGAGGGGAGGCAUUCCUACUAACGUGGCCCGCCUGUCGUCUGCCAUUGCCCGCAAGUGCUGCACGGGCAUGCCGCAGGUCGUCUACUACCACCGAGGAGCCGGGACUGAGGAAUCUAAAGUUGCCCAGACUCUUGGUGGAGUUUUUGGGAAGGGCAUCGUUCAGGACAUCGCUGAUGUUUACCGCUUCGUGUGCGAUAACUAUAACCCAGGAGAUGAGAUUUUAAUUGUCGGAUUCUCCCGCGGAGCCUUUACCGCGCGAUCGGUCUCCGGAUUGAUUUGCAAUCUUGGGCUUCUGAACCGCGUCGGCCUAUCACAAUUUGGGGCAAUCUUCCACGACUACCAGACCUUCCCCAAUUGGAAGUACCCGGGGAGCUUUGACAAAGACGAGCAUUUGGUAGGCUUUACGCUUACCAAUUUCAUGCGCCGUAAGAAACAAAAAGCUUCUGAGAACGACAAGGUCGAGGAACGUGAGAGUGCUGCUCUAGAAGACGAGUUGAACGAGGAUAAAAGAGAAUUCUUCGAGAAAAUGACCACAUAUCGUGAAAACAGGAAGGGCUAUGGACCAAUGGAUCUCCGCAAGAUGGCUAGAGAAUACAGAAACAGACUUGAAAAGCACGGCAUGGUUCUUACCAAGUGGGAGACUCAAUUCCGAGAUGGCCAAUUGGGCCUCUUCCCGGUCCCUACGGACGUCAAUGUUAGAGCAGUUGCUGUAUGGGAUACUGUUGGAAGUCUAGGUUGGCCAAAAAUGCCCUGGGAGAAGGUCCGCAUAGGCCGCAGCGCUGAUGAGCUUCGAUUUGCAAGCCUCGACGUCAAUCCCAAAGUGGACUAUGCCUUCCAUGCUCUCGCACUGGACGAAUGGCGCACCGCAUUCAAACCGACAUUGUGGGGCAAGGACAAUAAUACACACACGCAGCUUCGACAGGUAUGGUUUCCUGGCAGCCACAGUAACGUCGGAGGAGGCUUCGAAGACCAACAAAUCGCCACUAUUGCACUUGCUUGGAUGGCGGACCAGCUUACCUCUGUCGGUGUUGAGUUCAGCACGCCUGAGAUGAAGCGGCUUUUCUACACCCUCACCCCUGGUGUCGAACCUCGACCAUGGGCAAUGGGAAAAAUUUCCAAUCCCGGGAAGGCCACUUCGAUCCCUGACGAAGCAUACAACGCCAUUUGGUACCCGUGGCAAAAGUUGAAGGGAGAUAACACUGUCUUGGGCACACGUACUCCGGGCUUAUACAAGACCGACGAUGGGAAAAAUAGGCUCGUGAAUCCUAACCAGCUCAUUCAUCCCUCUGUACGCAUCCGAUAUCUCUACGACGGCAAAGGUCUCGAUGACGUUGGGGUGUGGGAAUGCGCAGCCUUGAUGAAAAAUGGGUUUAGACUCGAGAAGAGUACAGAGCCACUUAAGAUCGUCGACCCAUACCCCAAGACUCCUAUUGCAUCGGACACACUUGUUGUCCAUCAGGUGCCGUUCGAAGCCGACCUCUGCCUUCUGGAACAAGCCGAGAAUCACUGGGUUUGGACCCGGGAUAACGCAAAAGAGGGUGCGCGAAUUUUGCACGAGGAGCGAAUCGGAAUCUGGGAACGUCUCUUCAUCGACAUCAAUCACAAGCUGGUGUUACGCCAAAAGCAUGAGGAAUUGAAGAGGGCCGAGAUCAAAGCUAAGCAGCCUGAAGAGAAGCAGACCUGGGGACAAUGGUUCAAGGAAAAGGCAGAGACAGCCAAGGGAGCUGCUGGAAAGGCGCUCAAUAACACCGUCGUCGGGAGAUUCCUUGGGCCAUCCGCCAGGCUCAAGCCUUUGGACUACCCCAAACAUUUUGGAUACCAUGACUUCGUUUCUUGGCAGCGAGGUGAUGUCAGGAAGACGCGGCUGCAAAAUCCUUGGGAGAAGAGUAACAAGGCUAGAGCAUACCAAGCUGACAGCAAGUGA